AUGAAAGAUUUAUUAGAUACAACAAAUGAAUGUUUAAAUAAUUUAAAGAAUAACAACAUUAAUAUUGAGAAUUGGGAUCCAUUAAUAAUACAUAUAAUUAGUAAUAAAUUAGACUCGGAGUCUCAAAAAACAUGGGAAGAAGAAUUGCAAACAAUACCUGUUGAAGAAUUACCUACGUUAGAAAAAUUUAAGAAAUAUUUAGAAGGAAGAUUUAGAGUAACAGAAAUGAUUCAAACAUCUUAUAUGAAAGAGAGAACUCAAAUUAAACCAAAAUCGUUUGCUACAAUAACUAGUAAUGCUGUAAAAAGAAAUACAGAGUAUAGAAGUAGAAAUACAGAAUGUGGAAAGUGUAAAGAGAAUCACGACAUAUUUUCAUGCAAAGAGUUUAUUAAGCUAGAUCCAGUUAUGAGAACAGAGUACAUUAAAAAGGAGAGAUUAUGCUUUAAUUGUUUGCGUCCUGGUCAUAGUGUUAAAUUUUGUAGAUAUAGAAUGAGAUGCGAUAUCUGUAAUAGAAAGCACCACACGUUGAUACAUAUAACUAAACCAAAUUUAGAGACUAUUAAUAAUGAGACUGAAGAGAUUAGAACACCAGAUAAUCAAACAAUGAGUCAACACAAUAUUCUUUCACAUGUGUCAAUACGAGGCCGUGUGUCAUUACUUGCUACUGCUUUGGUGAAUUUAGAAACGAGCAGAGGGCCACAGAUUGUACGAGCUUUUAUAGACCCUUGCUCAGAAGAAUCAUUUAUAAGUGAAGCAGUUGUAAAGAGAUUACAAUUGAAAUGUAAAGAUGUAGAAGGUCAGGUAUCAGCAGUUGGACAGAUGUCUACCCCGUUCAAGCACGCGGCGGAGAUUGAGUUGUCCUCUAGAAUGAAUAAAAAUUAUAAAUUAAAGUGUACUGCUUAUGUAAUUAAGCAUGUUACAGAUAUCAUGCCCGCUACAAGAAUAAAUUAUGAGCAUUGGACACAUUUCAGUGGCAUCGAGUUAGCAGAUCCAACUUACCAUACACCUGGAAAUGUAGACCUUUUAUUGGGUGUUCAUGUCUACACAGAUAUUUUGAUGAGUGGAGUUUUAAAGAGAAAGCAAGGAGAACCAAUCGCCCAACAAACUUACUUAGGGUGGAUAAUAUCUGGCGGCGAAGCUGUUGAGAGAUUACCAAAUAAGGGCCAAAUUAUUAGUAUGCAUUUGAGUGUAACGUUAGAUAAUAUGCUACAGAGAUUUUGGGAAUGUGAGUCACUAGAGUCUGAGAAUAAAAAUACACUUACCUCCCAAGAAGCUAGAGCAGAAGAAAUAUAUGAGAAAACAGUCAUGAGAGAUGAACAAGGACGAUAUGUAGUCAGCUUACCAUUUGUGAGAGACAAUCCAAUCUUACCUGAAAAUUCUAGAGAAAUAGCAAUGAGAAGAUUAAGAGGUUUAGAGAGAAGAUUGGCUGGAAAUGAAAACUUAAAACGAGAGUAUGAUAAUGUGUUAAAAGAGUAUAUAACAUUAAACCAUAUGGAAUUAGUAAAAGAUGAGAGAGAGAAAGAUACAGUCUACUUACCGCAUCACGCAGUUUUCAGAGAUGAUAAAACAACAUCGAAAGUACGUGUCGUAUUCGAUGCUUCGUGUCGAGGUACAAACGGAGUAUCACUUAACGAUGGGCUUUUGAUUGGACCUAAUUUACAAGAAGAGUUAAGAGAUAUUAUCCUAAGAUGGAGAACACAUAAAAUAGUUUUUGUGGCAGAUAUUAUUAAAAUGUAUCGCCAGAUAAAAAUACAAGAGAGAGACACAAAAUAUCAGAGAAUAUUAUAUAGAUUUAAUCAAAAUAAUGAAAUACAAACCUAUAAAUUACUGACAGUUACCUUUGGCAUGGCUUCAGCACCUUACCUUGCAAUAAAAACCAUGAGACAGCUUGCUAAAGAUGAAAAUACACAGUAUCCUGUUGCCUCGAAAAUUGUGAAUUCAGACUUUUAUAUGGACGAUGUAUUAACUGGUUUUGAUAAUGUGAGCGAUGCGAUAAAUGCACAAAAAGAGUUAGCAGAAAUGUUAUUGAAAGGAAAAUUUGAAUUACAAAAAAUAUCUUCAAAUAGUCAAGAAUUUAUGAAUUCAAUAGAUCCUGAGAAAAGAGUGAAUAGUAUUGUAUUAGAUAUAAUUCAUAAAGAGACUGUGAAGACUUUGGGUAUUAUGUGGGAGACAAAUGAGGACAGUUUAAAAAUAGCACCUACUUAUAUGAAAAGCGAAAAUACUAAUUUACUUACUAAGAGAAAUAUAUUGCGCCAGAUAGCUUCUUUAUUCGAUCCUAUGGGUUGGUUAUCACCUGCCAUAAUUAAAGCAAAGAUAUUUAUGCAAAAGCUCUGGCUAAAUCAAGUAGAUUGGGAUGAAGAACUGUCGAAUGAUCUGAAAGAAGAAUGGAAUAAAUAUAAAAAUGAUUUACCUGUACUGUCCGAAAUCAAGAUUCCUAGAUGGAAUGGAAGUACUAUUGAUGUGGAAGUGGAGUUACAUGGAUUUGCAGACGCCUCGCAAUCAGCAUAUGCAGCCGUAGUUUAUACUAGAGUAUUGAGUAAUAAUAAAAAUCCCUGCCAAACAACGUUGAUUAUGGCAAGAACUAAAGUUGCGCCUGUAAAACAAAUAUCUUUACCGCGCUUGGAACUAUGUGCAGCAGCAUUGUUAAGUAAAUUACUUAAACAUGUUAUGAGAAUACUUUCCAUUGAUACCAGUAAAACAUUUGCUUGGUCUGACUCCAAAGUAACAUUGGCCUGGAUAAAAGGCGACCCAAAUAAAUGGACACCAUUUGUUAAAAAUAGAGUUAUAGAAAUUAGAAACAAUUUGAAUAUUCAGUGGUUGUACAUUAAUACAAAGAGAACCCCGCUGAUCCAGCAUCACGAGGAUUAUUACCCAGUGUACUAA